AUGCUUCUCUUGGGUCGCUUGAUCUCUGCUCUCCCGUGCUUCAAUCAGCUUCCCGAUGCUCCCUCGAUCAUGUUGCCAAUGAUUCGACAAGGCUUCAGCUCCACCAUCAAUCACCUUACAUAUGAUGUUAUUCAAGAUGACCAAUGUGAUAAGACUUUGUGCAAUCUUAAGAAUCUCCAAGAGCUGGAUCUUCAAAGCAAUGAAUUGGAAGGGAGCCUUCCUCCAUGUCUCAGCAACUUGUCAUCCCUCCAACUACUUGAUCUCUCUGAUAAUAGACUCAGUGGGCAAAUCUCCUCAUCUCUCAUCUCUAGCCUCACAAUGCUCCGGUUCCUUUCUCUCUCUUACAACCACUUUGAAGGGUCUCUCUCAUUUAGCUCAUUUGCUAACCUUUCCAAACUUGAGGUUGUGGAACUUUCAGUCCUGAACGCUACCUAUGAUUGGAACGAUUGGUACGACGUUAUAACAUAUCCCAAUCAGUUAGAGGUUGAAACUGAAUCCACACCUUGGGUUCCUAAAUUCCAGUUGAAAGUCCUCCAAUUAUCAAACUGCAACAUCAACAAGCACAGUGGUACCAUUCCCAGCUUCCUUUCCACCCAAUAUGACUUGAUAGUAUUGGACCUUUCGCAUAACAACAUGAAGGGAAAGUUUCCAUCUUGGUUGUUAGAGAAUAAUGAAAGACUACAAAGGUUAGACCUCAGUAGCAACUCCUUAGUUGGCCCAUUCUAUCUGCCACCACAUCCAAACAUGGAUGUAAAUUUGUUCGAUGUCUCCAACAACCACAUCUAUGGACAACUUCCUGAAAGUAUUGGUUUCCUCCUUCCAAAUUUACAAUUCUUAAACAUGUCUACAAAUGCUCUUCAUGGUACCAUUCCUUCGUCGAUAGGCAACAUGACGCAACUGUCUUCUUUAGAUUUGUCAAUAAACAAAUUUUUAGGAGAAAUACCGGAGCAAUUGCCCAUGGGUUGCAUCCUAUUGGGAAAUUUGAAGCUAUCAAACAACAGAUUACAAGGCCCAGUAUUUCCGACUAAUUCAAACUUGACAGGGUUAGGGUAUCUGUAUCUGGAUGGCAAUAGAUUCACGGGGAAGAUCUCAGCUGGUAUAUUCAAAAAUCAGCAUCUACAGAUUUUGGAUGUUGGUAAAAACAACCUAUCGGGUCGUCUUCCUAUACAGAUUGGGAACUUUACUGAAUUGAAGUUGCUUUCCAUGUCAGAAAAUCAUUUUGAAGGUUCUAUUCCAGUUGAGUAUUGCAACCUCGACAGUCUUUCCCGUUUGGACCUUUCCCAAAAUAGAAUUUUUGGGUCCAUACCUUCAUGCUUCAACCUGUCUUUGAGAUUCUUACAUUUGCAAGGAAAUGAACUUACAGGAUUAAUUCCAAAUACUUCAUCCAAAAUCUCCUCCCUUGUUACAAUAGAUGUCAGGCAGAACAACAUAUCUGGUAAUAUUCCAAAUUGGAUUGGUGUUUUUCAUAAUUUAAGGGUUCUUCUCCUCGGGGGAAAUAAUUUCCAAGGUCACAUUCCCAAGCAUUUGUGCGAACUGAACAACAUCAGCAUACUGGAUCUUUCACACAAUAAUCUCUCUGGACCAAUACCACCGUGCUUUUGUAAUAUGACAUUUGGGAGGGCGGAAGUAAUUGACUUUUCAAGUUUUGUUGUCUCUGGUGGGGGUAUCAGUUUCUCUCCAGGCCUAGAUUUGCCUGGAUAUCAUAUUGCUGUUAUGGUGCCUGAGAAAGUUAUCUAUGUCUCAUCAGAUGAGGAAGAAGUGGAGUUUAUAACAAAGAGGAGGUCUGAAACUUACAAGGGCGACGUUCUUUACUUUAUGUCUGGUGUAGAUCUGUCAUGGAACCAGUUAACAGGUGAAAUCCCACCUGAAAUUGGACAUCUAACUACUAUUCAUGCAUUGAACUUGUCCCACAAUCAAUUAACUGGACCAGUUCCAGAAACCUUCUCAAACCUAAAACAGAUUGAGAGCUUGGACCUUUCUUACAACAGAUUGAGUGGGGAGAUUCCUUCUCAACUUACUGAGCUCAACUUCUUAUCUACAUUCACAGUGGCCCACAAUAACUUAUCUGGCAGGACGCCCGACAGGAAGGCACAGUUUGGCACCUUUGGAGAAACCAGCUAUGAAGGCAAUCCUCUGCUCUGUGGACCACCACUGAAGAGUUGCUUCUCCACUUCUUUGCUACCACCUUCAAUCCCAACAGAACCGGAUGACGAGGAAGGCGGUUAUGAUAUAAUCUUCUAUGCAUGCUUUUUCGGGUCGUACACCGCGUCGUUCUUGGUUUUCAUAGCUCUUCUCUACAUCAACCACUAUUGGCGAGGUCUAUAUUUCUAUAUGGUUGAUGCAUGUAUGUAUUCAUGCUACUAUUUUGUUUUAAACAGCUACUAUUUUGCUUUGGACAACCUUCGCAAGGUUUUCCCCUGGCUACCUGCAUAACCUUCGAGCCAGAUCAGUUUCUUCCUAUAUAUCUAAUUGUAAGACAAUAUAAUAAUCGUGUUUAUGCAUGAUGGUGCUUUUACUUGAAACCAUGUUUUCCCUUCCUACUGC